CUUUGCCAUCUCAUUCCUCCUCCUCCACGUCGAAGGGUAUCAUACCUGUCUCUUCACGUCGAAGCGCAUCAUCCCCUUCCUUCACGUCGAAGGACAUAUUCCCUUCCCUUCAGCACGGAGAGAAUCAUACCCUUCCCUUGACGAGGCAGACCGCGAAUAGUCAGCCACGCCAUGGCGUACUCGCCCGACAUUUCUGGUUCCAUGAGCGCCUUUCCUGGUGAUAGCCUCAGGCAGGCCAACGCCAUCAUCGACACUUCCUUCUCUGCGGGCGCAGCAGUCAUGGACCCUACUGAUUUGGCCACCGCCCAGAGGGUCGUUUCAUUCAUUGCGAAUGCAGCAUUCGCGCCUCGAAUCACGGAUCGCCACGACAAGCCUUCGUCAGAGCUUUCCUCGACGAUCUUGACGAUGGCCAAUGAUACGAGCUGUGAGUUCUCGGAGGCAGAGCCCCACGCGUUUUACGCGACGCGAAGACGCGUAAAGGACCUUGAGCUGACCGCCGGCUCCCACUCUCGUCCCACGUCGUUUUUCUCAGCGAGCGGUCCGGCAGAGGCUCUCACGCCAGACCCAUUUGCUCAUGGAACCCCGUCAUUCAUGCGCAACCCGGGCCUAAUCCUGGAUUCUGAGGUGGAAGAGGGUAGGCAGAUCUGCGACGAGAUCUUUCACCGAACGCCAUCUCUAGAGCGCUCCACGCCUGGUAGCAGCUGGAGCUCAUUUGCCAGUCCGUCGACUCCCGGCCAAGUCGGUUUCAAGGUGGGAGGAGGGGCAGCUGUCGCGGCCAAGGAGGCGGAGUCGGAAAGAGAGUGGGCGCUUUGCGGGGCGCAGGCUUCCUUGGUUUGGGAGUCCAACACCGAAUUGGCCUCGAACAACACCACCGCAUCCAACAUCGUCAUCCCUGACACCAUCCUCACGGACUUGCAUGACCCAGCUCCCUCCGCCAUCUCACACGAUGCCGUCAUGCAGAGGGUCAACAACCUCUCCCUCGGCGACCAUGUCUGGCUUGCUGAGUUCGCUCAGCAGCAGCUGCAGGGAGGCGUCGCUAUGGGACGAUCCGAUCAGGAUGGCCUGGUGGCUGCGAACCAGCGCAACGAGCCGGGAGCCAACGGAGGUGGUGUCGGUGGAUGUGCCCCUAGCACAGACGGAUUCCCAAUGGGAAGCCAUCCGGAUCCUCAGCGCUCUCAGCACGGCACCCAACUUUGCUUCGCACCGUGUCAGCCGCUCUCUGCCACAGGCCCUCAACCCUAUGCGGCCGCUUCCAACGGGAGGCAACCAGUACCAGCACCAGGGCGCGUACCAGCCGUCGCCUUUUGCACCCAGUUCAGCGCCAGCGACAGCCUUCGCCUUCGCUCGCGCGGGGACCCGCUCUCUUCUCAUUGGUCCGAGCUUGGCGCCGAUGGCACCUAUACCUCAGUCGCAGCCUCUUGGCAUCCAAGUGCAAUCGGUGGGCCAGGUCUUGCACCGCCCGACAUUACCUCGUCCGUCUUCAGCGCCUAUGGCCAAUCUGCAAUGGGAGCCGCCCCUGCCGCCAGCUCUGCGCGCCCACAAGAACAGCAGAACGCUGGAUUCCCAGCUCCUUGCCUCGCGAAUGGUAUCAUCGAGCAGAAGUUGGGCGAUCACCACACCCUCAGUGAGUGUGGCGGGCAAAUGCAAGGAGGGUGGUCGCAAGAGCCGCUGCUGAAUAGAGGGAGUGCUGCUUCGGUGUUUCUCACUCGACAGGACCUCAACGUGCAAGGCCACAAUCAUCGUUGCAUCCAGCAUGAGAAGCAGGCCGUCCCUACGGUGAACCCUGAGGCACUUGGCGGUCGCGCUCCCUCGAUCAAUGGCGGCGCCAAUCAUGGCGUGACCUCGUCCAAGCACUGCAGCCGUGAGGUCGGAGCUGCCUCGUACCAGGAUUGUGUCGCGAACGACGGUUGUCCGCCAUCGUCUUUACGCGCAGGGCCUCAGCAGCAUGCGGCGCUCAGCCAAGACCCCUCUGAUGGUCCUGCGGUCCCACGCCUCAGCCUUCUGCCGGUUGAUGGUCCUGCGUUCCUUUCUGGUGCGCCACAGGUGCCUUCCCAACUUGGUCCCUUCGCAUCAAGCAGCAAACGCGCCUCUGGCAGCCGCAGCAAGAAGUCCAGCACGAAAGAUCCAGAGCGCGCAAAAAAGAUAGCCUGCAACUGCUGCCGCACGGCAAAGAUCGGGUGCGUGCAGGAUGAUCCGACUGCGCCUGCUUGCGAUCGCUGCAUCAGGAACAAUUGGCCCUGCGUACGGCCUGCGCACCGGAGGUAUCGCGGCGCGGGCAGAAAGGCACUUGUCGUCAAGUACUUGAUGAACAAGGGCAUGUGCGAAGAGGAGGCCGGGGAGUUUUUCUUAGGAAUCGAUGAGAAGGGCAAAAGGCAAUUGUUUUCCGAGGCCCAGGAGUGGGAGAAGGAGUCGAAGGGCCCGAAAUGAGCUCCCCCUGAGCUAUUGAGAGAGUUCCUUUGUAAUCGCUGCUGCGGCACCUGGCGCUUCGGCAUCGAUCGUGUCCUUUUCUUAUCCAUCAUGUUCCGUAUUUUCCGUCUCGGCCGACC